UAUUUAAACAAGUAGAAACUAGAAACCAACAAUACUUUUCUUAAUAUAUCAUAUUAUCUUCUUUUUAUUUAUUAUUCUUAGAUUUUAAAAGUUAGAAUUUUUCGAUGCAUUAAGAAGGAAUUUUCUUUGUUGUAAUUUCAGGAAAUUAUAAAAAUCACAAUAAAUGACAUAUUGUCGAUAACUUGUAAACUAAUCUUAAAAAUUCAUUAUGAAUAUACAAAGUGCUGCUAUUAACAUUUUAAAACGUGGUGUAGAGUUAGAUACAAAGAAACGAUAUACUGAAGCACUAGUUUGUUAUCAAGAAGGACUACAAAUUCUAGUGGACAAGAUGAAAGGUGAAACAGAUGAAGCCACUAGAAAUUAUUUAAGAAAAAAAGUAGAAGAGUAUAUGAAUAGAGCUGAAUGUAUAAAGAAAUUAGUUUUGAAACAGAAAGAAGUUGGCCAGUUUCAUGAACAGGUUCAUAUUGAAAAUGAUUCUACAGGCCAUAGCUAUAAGACAUUAUUUGGACGUUUUCUAGAUGAGGAUGUACAGUUUGUAAUUAUUGAAGAUCCCUACAUAAGAAGUUUUCACCAGUGUCAAAAUUUUCUUCGUGUAUGUGAGUUAUUGGUGAAGUCUUGUGAUAAACUGAGGCACAUAGAACUAUUAACUUCCAAGGAUAACAAGUCAGAUAAAGACCAAAGCAACUGGCUGAACAACAUAUCCAUUGACCUGCUCAAAUAUAAUGUGCAAUUAAUAGUAAAAUUUUCUGAAACACUACAUGAUAGACAAAUUAUCCUCAGUUCUGGAUGGAUUGUAAAAAUAGGCAGAGGUUUAGAUUUCUACAAAGCAACUGAGAACAAAUUUUGCUUAGGAAUGCAUGAUCUCGAUUUAAGACCAUGUCAUGAGACUACAGUUGACAUUUUACACUCAAAGAACAUUAAGCAAUCAUAUGGAUGAUAGUGUAAGAUUUGUAUUGUAAUUAAUAUGACACAACUGUCUUGUGAUGUGAUAUGGAUAAAAAGUAUUUUUGUAAAUGAUAAUUUUAUAUAAGCACAACAAAUAUGUAUUUUUACCGUGUUUAAUAUUUGUGUAAACUUAAAAUUGUGUUCAAAGACUAUUUGGAAUAUUAAGAUUUUCAAUCAAAUAAUAGG